CCUGAGCCGCCGAAGGCCCCUCCCCAGCGUCCCCUUCAUCUUUCCCUCCACGGCGUAGGCCUCUGUAGCCGACCACGCGCUUCCGCCGCUAGAGAUCCGAAGACGCGCCAGCCCACGCGCUUCCGCCGCCGCUGGAGAUCUGUCGAGUCUCAUUAAUUGGGCCGAGAAGCGAAGAUUGAAUUUAAUUUCGAUUUACGUUUCCCGCAUGCUUAAAAGAAGUGGGAUAGAUACGAGCUUUGCCAUGCGGACUCCACUUCCAUCGCCAGCUCUGAACGUAACAAUCUUAUGCAUGUAUGUAUGUCUACCCGUAUAGAGCUCCUUUCAAGCGAGAGAGGGACGACUCGUGUACUGCGUUGUCCGCUAUCGCAACCGCUCUGUUAAUUAGGUCAAACCGUGCACCGUUAUGGACGUCGUGGGACUACGAUCCCUUCUCCUCCUCUCUCUCGAACGCUAAUUUAUCGUUCCUUCGAUUUGGAGGUGACCCUCGGGCUCCAGUCUCCGAUCGAUAGGCUCCGGGCGCGUCUCCAGCCCCUGCCCGCGUCGUGCAUUUGUUUCGAUUUCUUUGCUUCGAAAGGUCGGCGGAGGGGAGUUUUUGUUGCUUCGUUCUUCUCGAUAAUUUUUGUUGCUUGGGUCAGGUCACAGUUUGAUUUGGGCGGGUCUCCAUCUUGUGACCGCGGUGGUCGGAUGGAGCCCCGCAUUGAGAACAAAUUCCGCCUCGGUCGCAAGAUCGGCAGCGGGUCCUUUGGGGAGAUCUAUUUAGGUACAAAUAUCCAAACGAACGAGGAGGUCGCAAUUAAGCUGGAAAACGUCAAGACAAAGCAUCCACGAUUGCUAUAUGAAUCAAAGCUAUACAGGAUCCUGCAAGGAGGAACUGGAAUUCCAAAUGUUAAACGGUUCGGUGUUGAGGGUGAUCAUAAUGUGCUCGUGAUGGAUUUAUUAGGACCCAGUCUGGAAGAUUUAUUUAACUUCUGCAGCAGAAAACUUUCUUUAAAGACUGUUUUGAUGCUUGCAGAUCAGACGAUUAAUCGAGUGGAGUUUGUGCAUUCUAAGUCCUUUCUGCACCGAGACAUCAAGCCAGAUAAUUUUCUAAUGGGCCUUGGUAGACGAGCUAACCAGGUGUAUAUUAUUGAUUUUGGCCUUGCCAAGAAGUAUAGGGUUACUUCAACUCAUCAGCAUAUUCCAUAUAGAGAGAACAAGAACUUGACUGGGACAGCAAGAUAUGCAAGUGUGAAUACACAUCUUGGCAUAGAACAAAGCAGGAGGGAUGACUUGGAAUCUAUUGGAUAUGUUCUUAUGUACUUCUUAAGAGGAAGCCUUCCAUGGCAGGGUCUGAAAGCAGGAACCAAGAAACAGAAGUAUGAAAAAAUUAGUGAAAAGAAAGUUGCCACAUCAAUUGAGGCUUUAUGUAGGGGAUAUCCUUCACAGUUUGCAUCAUACUUCCAUUAUUGCCGUUCACUACGAUUUGAGGACGAACCUGAUUAUGCAUAUCUUAAGAGAUUGUUCUGUGACCUUUUCAUCCAUGAAGGUUACCAGUUUGAUUAUGUAUUUGACUGGACCAUUUUAAAGUAUCAGCAGUCAAUGAUAGCUGGUGCUCCUCCACGUGCUAUUGGUCCAAGUGCAGGACCUAGCUCUGGUUUGGUUCCUGCUGAUGCUAAUAACAGGCAAUCAGGUCAGCUUAUUUGGAACGGUCAAGUGGAUCCUCGAGGCGAGCUGCUGUUUCCAGUAGCAGAGACAUGGUGGGGACUGAAGCAGAUCAAACUUGCACUCGUACUGCAGGGGGCAGCCCAGGGACUUUCUGCAGGGUUUCUAGUGCCCAGAGAAGAUUCCCAAUUAGUUCUGCCGAGCACAAGCAUACUUCUGGAAGGAAUCCAUCUAUGCUUAGGAAUAAUGAGUAGGCGCUCAAGGGAAUCGAGGCCAUUCGUUUUGACGGUGGGGAGAGGAAGCAGCUGUAGUAGAUCGCAAGACCUGCUGCCCGUUCUUUUGUAUUACUCCAUGGAAAUCCAUAAACCGAAGGCAUGUUUUUAUCCCUCGACUCAUGAAUGAGGUGGUAGUCCGAGUGACUACCUCAAGUGCCCCCGGUGAGGAAAAACAAUAACAAGGUUGGUCGAACCAUUUUAAGCGCUGUUUGUACAUUUGUCCGGGAUUAUAUGCCCUUGUUAUUUCAUUAUAAUUCCUGGUAUUUAUUAUGUUUCAAAAUAUCUUAUUACGGACUUUCCUGCA